AUGUCGCAGCAGCUACUGCCUCAAGCCUACCUCACCAACUUCCACAAUAGAGUGAGAAAUGAGAACGUGCCUUGUUUCAUCACCGGUCAGCCCACAAGAGGCCACAAACGUGCCAAAGUCGUAAACUACGCAGAGUUCGAGACUGAUUUGCUCGAAGAGUUCGUGGACGAGGAAACGAGGGACCUGAAUGGCAAGGAAGACGAGAACGGGAAGCCCGCUGUAUCGGCCGAAGACUUGGCGAACGAGAACGCGCUGCCUGAUUUGGACACUCAGGACGAUCCGACGAAUAUCCUCAAGUACCCCAGAAUACGCGAGACGUUCCUUCAGAGUCGAAUCGCGACCCCUUACAAAGUUGCACUCUCAAAGCAAACAAAUUCUCAUUUGGCACCUGUGAUCAUUCCCAUACGGCUAAAUGUGGAACACAACGGCCACAAGGUGAUUGAUUUUUUCACCUGGAACCUCAACGACCAAUCCAUAACUCCCGACCAAUUUGCUGCCAUCUACUGCCAGGACCUGGAUUUUCCUGUAACGGCUGCGGUCUGUAGUCAAGUCAGUGCCUCUAUCACGGAGCAGCUUCAAGAGUACUCGACUUUGGCAUCCGUUGUGGUUCCAGAUCUGCACGUUAUCAUAAAUCUCACCUGUAAUCUUGACGACAAAAUGUACGAAGACAACUUUGAAUGGGACCUCAAUGAUCACACACUGACACCAGAACACUUUGCAAAUACAGUCGUUCAAGAUUUGGGCCUUACGCGAGAAUUCGCCCCAGCUAUAUCACACGCCCUCCACGAAGCCUUGCUGCGAGUAAGAAAAGACUGGCUAGAGGGACAUCUAAGUCCUGACCAAAUAGAAAAUGGGGCAGCGUUCGGCUACCUAUCAGGUAUUAGGCUGAAUGUGGACUCUCUCGGGGCAGAUUGGUGUCCGAAGGUAGAAGUGCUCUCGCAAUGGGAAAUUGAGAAGCGCGAAAUUGAGAAGGAAAGGAAUUUAAGAAGAUUGAAAAGAGAGAGCGCCAAAGUAGAAGACAGACUGUCACGCCGUAGUCGCAAAAGACGUGUGGAUGACUUGGAAACAACGAUGAGAAUCUAG